AAUGAAAUUGGCCUUCAGUUUAUUCCAAUAUUAAUAUUUUCUUUGAUGUUUAUCAAGGUUCAUUAUCCUAUAAAUGUAUCAAAAAUCAUAGCAUGCCACUUUCCAGAUAGAAAUUGAUUAGUUGUUGAGAGAUGGAAGUUGUUUGUACGUUUAUUUGGCAAAAUUUAGAAAAUUUAUGAAUAAUACAGCUAAAAAUUUAUCCACCUUUAAACAGAAAGGUAAAGUGGAGUAAUUUUUCCACUAUAACCUAAUGUAUUCAAAGUAUCAGUUCAACAUGUAAGUUAAAAGAUUACCGAUGAGAUAUUUUACCUGUCGUUUGUGCUAAGUUUUUGAGGAAAUAUUUAUUCUACAAUUGUAACUCAUUAUAAUGAAUUUGAAGCACUGAACAUCCAAAAGUGAUCUCUACCAAUUGUACUGAUAAUUAUUAUUAUCAUCAUCACCAUCAUUACAAUAAUCAUUAUUACAAUUUCUGGAUACAUCGUUUUAUGUGCCUUAGGGUCAGAGUCUGCCUUUCUAAGAAGCUUCCAGGUGAUGCUGGCGCUGCCGUUUCCCAGAGGAUACUUUCAGUAGCAGGUGGUCCCAUACCUCGCUUCAAAAUGGAGUUAGCAAAGGGCUAAAUUUUAUUCUGUAAAUAUGUAAGCUAUAAGUAUGUAUUUCAAAUUUUUAAAAAUAAGUAAUACAUGUAUAUACUGAUGAGGUUAACCAAGUUACUUAAUGUUUUGGUGGUCACAGUAAGUUUUCCAACUCUUAUUGUAGGUAAAAAGGGUUUUAUUGUUAGUAUUAUCAAAGUUGCUUUUUCUUACAUCUGUUCUAUGAGUUUUGCUGUUGCAGAUUUGUAAGAAAUUUAUUCCUAACACCCUCUUUGGCACAGACACUUUUCUAUAUGAUAGCAGAACAAAUAUGAGUAAGAUAGCCUUCCUGCCUAACAGGAGCUCAGUUAGGCAAAUAAACACAGAGCAGAUAUUUCGUCACAAAAUUCAGUGUAGUACAGAUGAAAGCAUAUCUUCUUCUAUUAAGGAAGGAGAGAAUACAUAUAUGACAAAGAAGUUCUUUUGAAUUGCUUUAAGUUCUCAAAAUUAUUUCUCUAUUAAAAUUAGAACGAGUCUUUAAGAAUGUGGAAGUCUGUGAGUUUUGUAAUAGCUAAGACAUUAAUCUUCAUUAAAACAUUUAGUGAGGGUAUCAUUUGAACUUUUCUACAGCUUUGGUUACUUAAAGUGAAAGUUUACUUGCAAAAUUGGUUCAGUUGCAAAAUGUGCUUGUGUAAGAAUUGCCACAUUAUGUGAGCACUGAAGCCUCUAAAAUAGCUUGUAAAUCAUAUCUGAAAACACAGCAACAUGUUUCUUUAUAACAGAUAAACCCAUUUUGGAAGGGAUAGUGGACUGUUUUUAAUGGGAGUGAGGAAUUCCUGAGUAAGCUAAGUGGCUGCAUUCCUGAGUGAGUCAGGGGGACAUUAUGAGUGUUGUCUGGAGAGGAGGUUUCCAGAAAGCAAGUGAGUACUGAAUGCUCAUGCUCCUCCUGAUCCCAUGUUAAGUGUCCUGCCCAGACCAAUGUUAUCCGAUAGAAAUGUAAUGUAAAUCACACAGGUAAUUUAAGCUUUUCUAGUAGCCCCAUUAAAAAAGGUAGAAAUAAACUAAUUUUUACACUAUUCAACUUAAUGUAUGCAAAGUAUCAUUUCGACAUGUAACUUAAAAGAUUACUGAUGAGAUAUUUUACCUGUCAUUUGUACUAAGUCUUUGAAAUCUGAUGUGUAUUUUACAAUUAUAGCACAUCUCAGUUAGGACUAGCCAUAUUUCAAGUGCUUAAUAACAAUGUUUGGCUGGUGGCUACCAUAUUAGACAGUGCAGGUGGGUAUUUGAAAUAAAAACUUUUGGAAAAAGAGUUGGUAUCACUCCACAAAGAGAUUCAAGGGAAGAUUAAGGAGGGAGAAUGGUUCUGUCAGCCCUGUGUUCAUAACAGAGGUAAUCAGACCCAAAGAGAUUCUGACUUAGCCUAAGAUAGGGACACAGCAAUGAUUGACUAGUGGCUUUUUUAUGUUUGAAGGUAAAUAAAUAGAUGAUAUGUUAAGUGUAAACAUGGAGAUAUGCUGCAUACUUAACUGUGGCUAAGUAGGUGGUCAUGUUUGCCCUAAGUUAUUUGGCAUGGCUAGUCCAUAUUGACCUUUUCUUUGAGGUAAUUCUUAUUUAUAUCAUUUUCUAAUGCUAAAUGUAUCAUGUCCAUCCUUUAAAGCAAAAACACAAACAACACAAAACAAAAACAUGGGCCAAAGUAAAUCUGGUCUUUCUUGAUAAAAUGACUGAGAUCAGGUGACUGCUGUCUGCUUUAAUAGCCCUAGACCUUUCUGGACAUUCCAACUUCACUUGGAUUCAGCCCAAAUUAACAGCUGUUCCUCACUUCGUUGUCCCAAGAAUCUUGCUAAAGUGAGGUGACUCAUUGUGACUUGCAUUAUUUUUGAGUUGGACUUUGCCUGUAAGAGAGGGAGGCUGGAAAGAUUGAUUCUCUGUUAAACUGAAAACUAGUGAUAAUAUUGUGGGGGGCGUGUGUGUGUUCAUGAUUAUGUGUGUGCCUUGUGUCUUUUUAUAUUCUUUUCUUCAUGACUUGCUUUUCUUGUUUUCGCUAGGUGAUAGUUUCUUCAGUGUUUAUACUUUUUAAUUAUAUUUGCUUAUCUCAUUUUAAAUACUUAAUAGUUAACCUCGUACUCAUUGUAAACACAUUGCCGUUUUUAAAAGUAUUUGCCUUCGUGAGCAAUCAGUCACAUGCUUCCAGUGGAAUGUUGCUUUCCUGCUCUCAGCCACGUUGUGUUUUCCACACUACGCUGUUUAGUACGUGCUGACUCACUGAGCAUCUCUGGGAUGCUGGCUGUGUGUUUUGAAUUUAAGAAGAGAAGAAUGUAGUUAGGGAACACAUUAUUGUCUUUUGAUGUUUUCUAUAGAAUUUAGAAUAGAGGUUUGCACUCAGGGGUGUUUUGCAAAUAUAUAUUGACUAGGGGUCUGGUCUAGCUUGUUCUGUAAUAUUAGGAAUCUGGAAAUAUUUAUUACUGUAGUUGUUAGAGGGUCCCUAGAAACGGUUGGGAGUAAUUCUUUUAUCAUGUAGUGGCCUGUGGUGGGCAAAACCUGUCUCACAUACAGCUUAACCUUUCUCGUGUCUAAUACUGCUCGUGAAGAAGAUUGUAAUUUGUGCAUUGUGCUUUUAUCAGGUUGCUGUUCCCAAUGCAGUUAGUGUAAUUUUUCAUUUCCUAACAGUCCUCGGGCAAUUCUGUUUAACAUGCUUUCUAUUUCAGAACAUUCUCCUGUUUAAAAAACUUCUUUUGCCUCAGGCCCAACAUGCUUUUCCAGCCAGGCCAGUAGUAAUUUCUAUCCUUCCUGGCUUCAUUCACCUUCACUGUUAAAAUUCGACGUGAAUUUCCUAAGAGGGUUUCCUUUUUGUGUUUAUGGCAUAGCAAAUGAUGAGGUGCCUAUGCCGCCUUUGAUAUUAUUUGGUUCACAAAAAUAUUAUUUCAUUUUUAUUACUAAGGGGAAGACAUGCCCAGUUUUCAUAUUUAUUUCAAAUCUAUUUCAAUUUAUGUCCUAAACCAUCCUUUUUUUUAAUGAAUAGAAUUUUAAUUGUCCACCUGAACUUUUAAAAUUGUUCAUAGCAUUUUCCUGAACAACAGUAUUCACACUAGAAUAAGAGACAGAUUUGCUGAUUUUUUAAAAAAAAUUCCAGUUCAUUUAAUAGGUAGCAAAUUCUCUUUUGAAAGUCAUAUUUUAAAAGUGAAUGAAACAGGUUAUCUGCCUUUCUAUCCCAAAUGGAUGUGAAUUAGUUAUGAUUUUUGGGUUGAGAGGAGACAGCAUUCUAAGUAGAGGCUCUUGAAGCUACUCUUUGGGUCUGAAGUUGGUUUUAAUGACAUCAUCUAGAAGGAUUUAGAUUCUUGAUGGGGGGAAGUCUGGCAAACGAAAACAUACAAGAGAAAGCCUUUGCUGUCUUAUUUUUAAGGCACUACUGGUUUAUAUUGAGGUAUAAACAGUUUAGCCAAAUUUUGAACAACAUUGGAGAAAACGAAGGUGGUAUUGAUAAGUUUUCCAGAGGCUAUGAAUCAUUUGGCGUCCACAGAUGUGCUGAUGGUGGUUUAUACUGCAAAGAAUGGGCCCCGGGAGCAGAAGGAGUUUUUCUUACUGGAGAUUUUAAUGGUUGGAAUCCAUUUUCAUACCCAUAUAAAAAACUGGAUUAUGGAAAAUGGGAGCUGUAUAUUCCACCAAAGCAGAAUAAAUCUGUACUCGUGCCUCAUGGAUCCAAAUUAAAGGUAGUUAUUACUAGUAAAAGCGGAGAGAUCUUGUAUCGUAUUUCACCGUGGGCGAAGUAUGUGGUUCGUGAAGGUGCUAAUGUGAACUAUGAUUGGCUACACUGGGAUCCAGAACACUCAUAUGAAUUUAAGCAUUCCAGACCAAAGAAGCCACGAAGUCUAAGAAUUUAUGAAUCUCACGUGGGAAUUUCCUCCCAUGAAGGAAAAGUAGCUUCUUAUAAACAUUUUACGUGCAAUGUGCUACCAAGAAUCAAAGACCUUGGAUACAACUGCAUUCAGUUGAUGGCAAUCAUGGAGCAUGCUUACUAUGCCAGCUUUGGUUACCAAAUCACGAGCUUCUUUGCAGCUUCAAGCCGUUAUGGAACACCUGAAGAGCUAAAAGAACUGGUAGACACAGCUCAUUCCAUGGGUAUCAUAGUCCUCUUAGAUGUGGUACACAGCCAUGCUUCAAAAAAUUCAGCAGAUGGAUUGAAUAUGUUUGAUGGGACGGAUUCCUGUUAUUUUCAUUCUGGACCUAGAGGGACUCAUGAUCUUUGGGAUAGCAGAUUGUUUGCCUACUCCAGCUGGGAAGUUUUAAGAUUCCUUCUGUCAAACAUAAGAUGGUGGUUGGAAGAAUAUCACUUUGAUGGAUUUCGUUUUGAUGGUGUUACAUCCAUGCUUUAUCAUCACCAUGGAAUGGGUCAAGGUUUCUCAGGUGAUUACAGUGAAUAUUUCGGACUACAAGUAGAUGAAGAUGCCUUGACUUACCUCAUGUUGGCAAAUCAUUUGGUUCACACACUGUAUCCAGAUUCUAUAACAAUAGCUGAGGAUGUAUCAGGAAUGCCAGCUCUGUGCUCUCCAAUUUCCCAGGGAGGGGGUGGUUUCGACUAUCGACUAGCCAUGGCAAUUCCAGAUAAGUGGAUUCAGCUACUUAAAGAGUUUAAAGAUGAAGACUGGAAUAUGGGUGACAUAGUAUACACUCUCACAAACAGGCGCUACCUUGAAAAGUGCAUUGCUUAUGCGGAGAGCCAUGAUCAGGCACUGGUUGGGGAUAAGACAGUGGCAUUUUGGUUGAUGGAUGCGGAAAUGUAUACAAACAUGAGUGUCCUGAGUCCUUUUACUCCCGUUAUUGAUCGUGGAAUACAGCUUCAUAAAAUGAUUCGACUCAUUACUCAUGGGCUUGGUGGAGAAGGCUAUCUCAAUUUCAUGGGUAAUGAAUUUGGGCAUCCUGAAUGGUUAGACUUCCCAAGAAAAGGAAAUAAUGAGAGUUACCAUUAUGCCAGACGGCAGUUUCAUUUAACUGAUGAUGACCUUCUUCGCUACAAGUUCCUAAACAAUUUUGACAGGGAUAUGAAUAGAUUGGAAGAAAGAUGUGGUUGGCUUUCAGCUCCACAGGCCUAUGUGAGUGAAAAACAUGAAGGCAAUAAGAUCAUUGCUUUUGAAAGAGCAGGUCUUCUUUUCAUUUUCAACUUCCAUCCAAGCAAGAGCUACACUGACUACCGAGUUGGAACAGCAUUGCCAGGGAAAUUCAAAAUUGUGCUAGAUUCAGAUGCAGCGGAAUAUGGAGGGCAUCAGAGACUGGACCACAGCACUGACUUUUUUUCUGAGGCUUUUGAACAUAAUGGGCGUCCCUAUUCUCUUUUGGUGUACAUUCCAAGCAGAGUGGCGCUCAUCCUUCAGAACGUGGAUCUGCCGAAUUGAAGAGGCCUGAUUUCAGCUCCACCAGAUGCAGAUUGGUGUUUUGUUUUCUUGUUAUCACUGUCACACAGCUUAUAACAUGUAUGCUUUUCAGAAUACAGUUGUCUAGCCAAACCGUCAGGUAUCCAAAGUUCAAUAUUGGUUUAUGCAAAUACAGCAAACUUUUCUUUAAGUAGAUGGGAGAAUAUGUUUAAAAUAUUAGGAAUCCUAGACCAUAUUUUCAAGUCAUCUUAGCAGCUAGGAUUCUCAAAUGGAAGUGUUAUAUAUAAUAUGUUAAAAACAUUUUGCUUUCCUGGCUAAUUAUUUGAUCCUUUUAAAUUCUAAUUUGAAUCAUUUGUCAUGUAUGAUUAUUUCUGUUAAAUGUACACAGUAUUUAAGAUGGAUAUUUGGUGUCUGUAUUUGUUCUGAUAUCUUUUGGUCUAAAUUAUGAGGUACCAAGAUUGUUUCUUUGUUUUUUUUUUUUCAAAUUGUGUUUAGAAAUUCUGUAAUAAAUACGCAAUAGUGAUACAAAAUAAAGAAUUAUAUCCAAGAUAAUAUAAAAGCCAUUAUGUAUGAACUCAUCCAUGUCUCGUUUUGUGUAAGUUUUAUUUUGUGAUCUCUUGUCCACUAAGUAUCUUGUUAAAUGCCAUUACCUCAGUCUUUCUGAAGCCCUGAAAUGGUAAUUGUAGCAUUUCAGAAAAUGUCUUUCAUUUCAAUCAAUAAAAAGCUUUUGUAAAAUU